GCGUCCCGCGCAUAUUGCAAAUACUAAUAUCUUCAGUCGGGUCGGCUAGCUCGAGUUGUUGCUAAAAAAAAAAAUACACACACACACACACACACAAACACAGUAUGUGGUCCAAGAUUGCCAUUGUCGGCGCCCUGACCAUGAUGGGCGGUGUGCUCUACUCGAGCGUUGUGGACAACUUUGCGUAUGUGGAUCGAUCCCUGGACGUGGCCAUGCCCAGGGCGAGGCGUCAUGUGGAGCAGCCAUCGGAGUAAUCGACGCAUGAGGGGAGUGGGAUGGGGAUGAUGGUAGUCAAGUGAAGUGAAGUGGAGUGAAGUGAAGUGAAGUGCUUGGCCAGUGGAUUCGCUUGCAACUAGUUCACUCCGUGUUGUUGUUGCAACCAAAUGAACUAGUUCAUUAAGUCCUCCAACAGCAGCAGCGUUGCCAUCUACUCUCGGCUUGUGUUUGUACAGUCCACAUGCAUGAACCACAAGCGCGAACCAGCUGCAAAUGAACAAGUUCUUCACAGUGCCAAGACGAACAAUAGUCACAACAUCAAGAAAAGCAGUUCGAGCUUUAAAUUAAAUAAACUUUAAGUUAACCACUUUUU